AUGCCGCCUCCCAAUAAAUCCCAACCAAAGGCCAAACCACGCAUCUUGAGCCCCCAAAACGCCAAAAUACUCGCCUUUGACAAAUAUAAACCCGAGCCUAAGGCGCCCUCACACCAAUACGCUUCCCUUGAACACCAAAAGCCUGCAAAACAGGGGCCCGCUCUCGUCUCCAGGUGGCACCUGCCCUCAAUCUUCUCCCGCUUCCGCCAGAGCUACGCUGCCCUCCCCUCUCCCAUUCGACGAACGUGUCGCGUGCUUCGCAUUCUCGCGCCAGUUAUACCGAUCAGUCUCUUCUUCUCCGAACAUGUCGCCCAGGUCAUGUGGGUCCGUGGUCCAUCCAUGACCCCGUACCUAAACGAAGACUACGAACAAAUGCAUACGAAGAGCGAUAUGGUGGUCGUGAGAAUGUGGCCUUGGGGUCCCAUCUUCCCAUGGGCCAGGUCAAAACAAAUUGAGCGGGGGAUGGUUGUGACCUUCCGAUCACCGGCCAAUCCAUCUCACAUUGCCAUCAAGCGUGUGGUGGGUCUCCCAGGCGACCGUAUCACCACUCGCGAACCCUGCGCGAAGGCCACUCAGAUCGUCCCAUACAACCAUGUAUGGCUGGAGGGCGAUGCAGAGGACCCUCGCAAAACGCUCGACAGCAAUACAUAUGGACCAGUCAGCAUCAGUUUGAUUUCAGGGCGUGUUCUUGGUAUUCUAGGACCGCGAAUGCGUUGGCUAAACUGGGAAGACUGGGAGGCCGGGAAGUCAGGCGCGCCGUCAACAGACCCUUCACAGGAUAACUAUCGGCAGAGUGUGCGAGAUCGCGUUGAAAAAGACCAUGUCAAGCAGGAGCAGCCGGGCUUCUAG